GGAAUGGCAAGAACCAAGCAGACCGCCCGUAAAUCCACCGGAGGAAAGGCUCCUAGGAAGCAGCUAGCUACCAAAGCUGCCCGUAAGAGCGCCCCAGCCACAGGUGGAGUCAAGAAGCCCCACCGUUACAGACCUGGUACCGUGGCUCUCCGUGAGAUUCGUCGCUACCAGAAAUCCACUGAGCUGCUCAUCCGCAAACUGCCCUUCCAGCGCCUGGUCAGAGAGAUCGCUCAGGACUUUAAGACCGACCUGCGCUUCCAGAGCUCCGCCGUUAUGGCUCUGCAGGAGGCCAGCGAAGCUUACCUGGUGGGGCUCUUCGAGGACACUAACCUGUGCGCCAUCCACGCCAAGAGAGUCACCAUCAUGCCUAAAGACAUCCAGCUGGCUCGCCGCAUCCGUGGAGAGAGAGCAUAAACUCACACAACUAAA